UUAAAGAAGAUUUUCGUGGAUUAUCUAAUAAGUACUAUUUUAUUAAAACAGAUUUAAAAGAAACAACUAUAGAAGCCUAUAAAAGAAUUAACGAAGAAUCAAAAGCUAUAGCAGAAAAAACAAAUAGACAAGUCGAUAUGCGAAAAUCAGGAAGUUAUACAUUAACAAGUUUAAAACUUUUUAGAAAAACUACUUUAGCACCAAAAAGAAGUGAAAAAAUAGAUGAAAAAGAAAAUGCUUGGUUAAAUUUAGCAUCAACUGGUGCUUUAGUAUUUGCAGAGAAAUAUGAAGGAGAAGCUAUUCAAUAUGACGUAAAUUCGAUGUAUAUAUAUGAAAUGUUAAAGAAAGAAGCAUCAUGGCCAAUUGCUACAGGUAAGUUUCGUACUAUAGAUGUAUCUUUAGUGGAAAAAUGGAAUAAAUUUCCAUAUGGAAUUUUUAAAGCAACAAUAGAAGGAAAUCCUCCAAAGAAAAGCUUGCAAUGCACUAGAUAUUUACGAUAUAAUCCACAUAGAAUUUAUACACAUUUUGAUUUAGAGUGUGCCAAAAGAAAUGGUUUAAAAGUAUAUUUAUUAGAUGAAUCACCAAAUGCACUUAUAUAUAAAAAAAAUACCUGUAUUAGUGGAAGUGAUAUGUUUGGUAAAUGGGGAAAUAUAUUAUACAACAUUAAAAAAGAAGGUGGAACAGCUGGAAAAGUAAGUAAAGCAUUAUUAGUUUCAUUAUGGGGUGUCCUAU